AACUGCACACGUACAGGUACAGCGCCGGCGCCGGUCGAUCGAUCGAGCAGCCAUGCCGCGGAACUACCGCCUGCCGUCGUACCACCGGCAGAGCCCGGCGAUCCGGUGCCUCAACUUCCUCUGCGCGGUGCUGCUCACGCUCGUCCUCAUCGCCGGCAUCAUCCUCUUCGUGCUCUGGCUCAGCCUCCGCCCGCACCGCCCCAAGUUCACGCUCACCGACUUCAGCAUCCCCAACGUCAACCGCCAGUCCGGCGCCGCCAACCUGCCCGUCAAGUUCGCCGUCAACGAGCACAACCCCAACCAGAAGAUCGGCAUCCACUUCGAGGCCGUCUACGGCUCCGUCUACUACGACGACGAGCUCAUCGCGUCCGGCCCCGUCAUGUACCCCUUCUACCAGCCGCCCAAGGGCGACACGCUAGUGCAGGGCGAGCUCGCCGCCUCCGGCCCGACGCCGACCGACCCCGCGUGGCAGCGCUUCGCCAGCGAGGUGGGCGCCGGCAGCGUGGGGCUGCGCCUGGUACUCAACUCCACGGUGAGGUUCCAGGUGAAGGUGUGGGACACCAAGGAGCACCACAUGAAGGCGGACUGCGGGUUCAAGAUCAGCGGGGACGGCAGCCUCCACCAGGAGGACAGGAACACGCCCUGCACGCUCUACUUCUAGACUUCUAGUGGAUCAUUCACAGCUGCUCUUCUAUUAGUUUUCCUUCCCUCUUGAUUUAUUUCUCUUUCUUCUUGAACAUAACUGCUUGUCAUUUGGGUUUGGGGUGGUAAUGGUGAUUCCUUUGUUUUAAUUCAUGUGCUUGACGUACAUGUAUUGGUGACUACAUUUUAUAGACUGCGAUCCUUCUAAUGCAAAAAGAAUGAUGUGAGCAUCAAAGGGCGCUGAAAUUUGGUUCCAGAUGUCUACAUGUCAUGAAAUUUGUGAUCAUUGUAAAUUUGUAAUGAAGUGUGAAUGCAUGUGAGGAU